CCCCCGUUCUCUGAAACAUUCCCACCACCAAGGAAAACAAAAUAAAUAAAAUCAAAUAUUGUCUGUGAAGAGAAGCGAAUCGAGCUUCCUUCCUCCCCGUUCAUCCACCCACCCACGCCGCCGCCAACCACCACUGCGACGUGCGACAUGGCGGCCUCCGUCGAGAACAGGCAAUUCGGUCGCCUCGAACCGGGUUUGCCCGGGGUGGUCCGGCAAUUCAAUGGGCCCAACAACACCCACCGCCGGGCCGGUUCCCCGGUUCGAGGCUACAAUUUCCCACAAAAACCCCUCGUCGGCGAUUCUAGAUUCGAGUAUUCCUCGAGCGAUGAGGAUGACGACGACGACGACGAAAAUAAUUAUUCUUCCAUCAUAAAGAAGGGAAACGCCGAGGUGGAACCCUCGAUUCUCGAUCCGCGCGACGAGAACACCGCCGACAAUUGGGUGGAGCGCAACCCCUCCAUGGUCCGCCUCACCGGAAAACACCCAUUCAACGCGGAGGCGCCGCUGCCGAGGCUGAUGCACCACGGCUUCAUCACGCCGGUUCCUCUCCACUACGUCCGCAACCACGGACCGGUCCCGAAGGCGUUGUGGGAGGAAUGGGCGGUCGAGGUCACCGGUCUGGUGAAAAAGCCGAUGCGGUUCACCAUGAACCAGCUGGUGACGGAGUUCCCGAGCAAGGAAUUCCCCGUCACACUCGUGUGCGCCGGAAACCGCCGCAAGGAGCAAAACAUGUUCAAGCAGACCAUCGGGUUCAACUGGGGCGCCGCCGGGAUUUCCACCACGGUGUGGCGGGGCGUGCCUCUACGCGCGCUGCUGAAACGGUGCGGAAUCAUGUCCAAGAAGAAGGGCGCCCUGAACGUCUGCUUCGAAGGGGCUGAGGAUCUCCCCGGCGGCGGCGGCGGCGGCGGUUCCAAAUACGGCACGAGUCUGAAGAAGGAAAUUGCGAUGGAUCCUUCCAGGGAUAUCAUACUGGCUUACAUGCAAAAUGGCGAAAGACUGACGCCGGAUCACGGAUUUCCGGUGAGGAUGAUUAUUCCGGGAUUCAUCGGCGGGAGAAUGGUGAAGUGGUUGAAGCGCAUCAUUGUCACUACACAAGAAUCCGACUGUUAUUACCAUUAUAAGGACAACAGGGUUCUCCCUUCCCAUGUUGAUGCUGAACUUGCAAACGCAGAAGCUUGGUGGUACAAGCCUGAGCACAUCAUAAACGAGUUGAACAUCAACUCGGUCAUUACCACACCGUGUCAUGAGGAGAUACUGCCCAUCAACUCGUGGACUACUCAGAGACCUUACACGUUGAGGGGUUACGCCUAUUCAGGGGGCGGGAAGAAAGUGACGAGAGUAGAGGUGACGAUGGACGGCGGCGAGACAUGGCAGAUAUGCGACCUGGACCAUCAGGAGAAGCCCAACAAGUACGGCAAGUACUGGUGCUGGUGCUUCUGGUCCCUCGAGGUCGAGGUUCUCGACCUCCUCGGCGCCAAGGAGAUCGCCGUCCGGGCCUGGGACGAAACCCUCAACACCCAGCCGGAGAAGCUCAUCUGGAAUCUCAUGGGGAUGAUGAACAACUGCUGGUUUCGGGUCAAGACCAACGUCUGCAAACCGCACCGGGGAGAGAUCGGAAUCGUGUUCGAGCAUCCGACGCAGCCCGGCAACCAAUCCGGCGGAUGGAUGGCGAAGGAGCGCCACUUGGAGAAAUCGUCCAACGAGAAUCAAUCCUUGAAGAAGAGUUUAUCUUCGCCGUUCAUGAACACCGUCUCCAAAAUGUACUCCGUCUCCGAAGUUAAGCGCCACAACUCGCCGGAAUCUGCUUGGAUCAUCGUCCACGGCCACGUCUACGACUGCACGCGCUUCCUUAAAGACCACCCCGGUGGAACCGACAGCAUCCUCAUCAACGCCGGCACCGACUGCACCGAGGAAUUCGACGCCAUACAUUCCGAUAAGGCCAAGAAAAUGCUGGAGGAUUAUAGAAUUGGGGAACUCAUCACUACGGGCUACGCGUCGGCUGAUGAUUCGUCGCCGAACAACUCCGUACACGGCGCGACCAGUCUUCUGCAUCUGGCGCCGAUCAAAGAGGCGGCGCCGGCGAGGAUGGUGGCGCUGGUGCCCCGCCAGAAAAUCCCCUGCAAACUCGUCGACAAAAUUUCGAUUUCUCACGAUGUGAGGAUAUUCCGAUUCGCAUUGCCUAGUGAAGAUCAAGUGCUGGGAUUACCUGUGGGGAAGCACAUUUUCAUCAGCGCCACCAUAGACGAUAAGCUCUGUAUGCGAGCGUACACGCCGUCGAGCAGCAUCGACACCGUCGGCUACUUCGAGCUCGUUGUGAAGGUGUACUUCAAAGGCGUCCACCCAAAAUUCCCCAACGGCGGCCUAAUGUCGCAGCAUCUCGAUUCUCUGGAGCUCGGUUCCUUCAUCGACGUGAAAGGACCGCUCGGCCACAUCGAGUACAACGGAAAAGGCUAUUUCACAGUGCACGGCAAACAGAAGUUUGCUAAGAAACUAGCGAUGAUCGCCGGCGGCACCGGGAUCACUCCGAUCUACCAGGUUAUGCAAGCGAUUAUGAAGGAUCCAGAGGACACAACCGAGAUGUACGUGGUGUACGCAAAUCGGACGGAGGAUGACAUUCUUCUGCGAGAAGAGCUCGACUCCUGGGCGGAGAAAUUCCCCGACAGAGUCAAGGUUUGGUAUGUUAUUGAGAAGAGUAUCAAGGAGGAGGAAUGGAAGUACAGCUUGGGAUUCAUUACCGAGAAUAUCUUGCGAGAGCACAUUCCAGCGUCGCCGGAGGAUGCUCUGGCGUUGGCCUGCGGGCCGCCGCCGAUGCUGCAAUUUGCGGUCAACCCUAAUUUGGAGAAGAUGGGGUAUGAUACGAAGGAAUCUUUAUUGGUAUUUUAGAAAAAUGAAUAUUAAUUAUAUAUUAAUUGGGGAGGGCAAAACCGUAAAUCUGUAUUCAUUACCUUAUGUAAAUAAGUGUAGUGUGUUAGUGUUAUAUAAUGAUCUCCGGGUGGUGCUCAGAUUGUAAUUCCAUGUUUCUUUCAUUUCA